GGCUGGUCGGCUCUUUCCUGUUUUCACUGACACAGAAGUCAGCUGCCAGUCAGUUCCCAAUCAAACUGGCUUUACCUUUUUACAGGUAUAGAAAAUGAAAGCAAGUUGAGUGGAAGCAAUAAAAGAACAGAAAGAGAAGCUGGGUAUUUUCCACCUGAGCUACGCAGUUGGUCGUUAUUGAGUAGGAUGAGAUGUCAGAAAUGAUGGACAAGUCUAUGGAAACCCCAGACGAGGACAAGGAGUCCCACAAGAGCAACGGGACGACGCUGAACGACGGCGUGAAGGAGGUGCUGGGCGUGGUGCGGUCGGUCAGAAAGAGCUUACGACACGCCGCGGAGAAGAGCCCACUUUCACUUGGAGGCAAAGGGUCAAAGGUCACACCUAAAGCAGCUGCAGAUGGCAAUGAGUCAGAGUUACAACCGCCUCCCUCACCCAGCCUGAGCGCUGGCUCUCCAGCCACCUCUCCUCUGAGAAGAAUCGGGAGCUUGUUCCAGAAAAAAGAUGAAGACACUCCAAAGGCAAGCAAACUGAGGCGUUCAAAGACAGCUCCCAACAAGAUCAGUGACACUCUGUUAAAAAGGUCAGAGUUCCUUCUGCGAAGCCUGAGCAUAAAAACUAAGAAGGAUCAAAGCUGCAGACAGGAGCCUUAUCUCACUGUCUCUGAAGCCUCAAUGGAGGAGAAAAAUGAGGAGGAGGAGGAGGAGGAGGAGGUGGAGGGGAUCGAGGAGAUGUACACACUGCCAGACAUACCCCAGACACCACUGUCAGUGAUGCAGAUCAGUAAGCUGAUAGAGAUGGAGGUGCUGGAGGAGGCUCACCUCAACCUGCUCUCCCUGCGGCAGGAGUUCCAGCGGGAACAGGAGCAGUGUGGUGAGGACUCGCCCAUGGAACUGGUCAAGAAGGAAAAAGACCUCAGCCUCCUCUAUAGAGACCUGAGGAACAAGAUCAGCACCAUAGUGCGUGACUCCAGCUCUCUUCCCGCCAGAAACAAGGGACUGCUGGUCCACGUGGCCCGCAUCAUCCAGGAGGAGGAGAUGAGAGCCCAGGAGCCAGGGGGGCUACCGGACAGCUGGAUGGAGGCCUGGAGGGACGCAGUGGGUGAGGGGGUGCAGGCGAAGGUGGCGAAUGUUCACCUGGAGCAGAGGGAGCAGAACGUGUCCUGGCUGGCUGUUCACCUGGGCCUGCUGGGUAAGGCCAUCGUGGAGGACUUGGAGAACGUGAAGCGGGAGCUGCAGAGGUCUUACCCACGCAGCUUCAAAGUCUUCAGCACCUACGUGAAGAGCUAUCACAGGGUCGUCGGGCAGCAUCUGAAGAAGCUGGAGCUGCAGGUGGCGGAGCUUAAGGAUCUGUACGCUCUGCUGGACUGGAUCUUCAACAGAUACAAGAGCGAGAGGAUUAUGGGAAGUCUGUCCCUGCAGCCGGACAUGAAGGAUGAAAGCACAGAUCUGCAGCUGGAGGACAACUUCCUGAAGCAGCUGAAAGAGAAAUACUGCAGCAAAGUGAAGGUGGACAUGAACUCUUCACUCGACAGAAUCAUCGAACUUGAAAACGAAGAAUUUUGGAUGGAGAGCAAGACUCCAAACAAGGAGGAGAACUUCCCCAACUCUCCUUUUCAUAUGGACAUUUGGACGAAAGUUAAGGCAACUGUUGUGCACUCAGGAAAAAUUGAUGCUCAUCUGGAGCAGAGAGUCAUCUCGUCCUGCCUCCAGGAGCUGAAACAGUUCCCCAAAAGGUUCGAGACAGAGUUCAAGCAUCAUUGCCACGACAAGCCACAGCCUCUUUGGACUGAGUAUCAGAUCACUUACAUCAAUAGCUUCACUGCUUUACAGGAGCACAUGGAUGGCUACCGGGACGCCUGCCCGGAUGAGGUGGAGGGGUUCAGAAAAGAAGUGAAGUGGCUGAUUACCAGGCUCCUGCAGGGCCUGGAGGACCAGUACAAAGAGGAUGUCAAGCCGUACCUGAAGAGGAUGAUCACGAGGAAGUGGCUCACCAACGACGAGGACUUUAAUCAGCUUUACAGUCGGACAACGCUGCUUUCCCAUCACUGUGCCCUCAUGAGACGUCCACACGUCCAGGAGUUUGCGAGUCGCUUGCACUACCACGUGGUGAGGGAAUACAUCGGCCAGCUGAUGAGGAGCAACUUUUCCUGCAAGAACCGGAAGCACGAGAAGGCAGCAAACAAGAUCCACCAGCAGUGGAGGAAGCUGGUGGAUCUGUUCACAGAGAUGGAAUCGACUCACGAGUGGCUGCACCCAGUGGGAGACGACCUGAGCGACAUCAUUGGACAGAAAAACAAGACGGACAUAAAGGAUCACCUUGAACCUUUAGUGGAGCAUUACGCUGACUUUAGCAGGAAGCACCUGGUUGCUGUUCUGAACUUUCGAGGCCUGACGAGAGGCCGCGAACACCAGCUGAUCCUCCAGCGAUUCACGGAGCUGAAGAAGAAACAGGGCGACACCGGCGGCGACAAAAGCCACGUUUUAUUUGGCGACAUGCAGGUCACUGUCAACACAAACUGCCUGUCCAGUCUGCCUUUCUCCUGCCUCAGCUUCCUGCUGCCAGACAACUGAAAGUGGAGGAGGAUGAAAUGUAUGAAAGAUAAAAACUCAAAGCUCCAAGUAUUUCUCAGGUGAUUUAACACAUUCUGAGGGUCCUUGCUCUCAAACACAGCCAUCCAAGCUAAAAACCAGCUGUACCUUUUGCACAGAAACAGGUAUAGCUUUAUUUUCCCUUCCUGUAUGUAUAUAUGUAUAUAUAAAAUAAUAUAUGUCCACUGUUCUUACACAAAUUGCAAAUAACACUGUGUGAAAUUUUCUUCUCUUCUUUUUACUAAAUAUUAGUUCAACAACUUCACUGUUGUGUUUCCUCUAACUUGCAGGCAACUAUAGAAGUUUCAUGUGUUAUCACUUACAAAACUCAUUAAAUGUGACGCAUUUGGUUUGUUAAAUAUUAGUGUUUCCAGCUGAAUUACGAGAAUUUUUUUGUGGAAACAAAACACAUUAAUUUCACAAUCUGGAUAAACUCCAGUGUUUGGGGGGGCGGAGGAUUGUGAAACGUCUUCUUCUCCAGCGUCUUCUUUGGUGACUGUGUUGCACCUCAGUCUGGGUUUAGUGUCACAGCAUCUGAUAAAAACUGAACUGAAGCUGGUGGAUGGUCCUGGACUGUGCAUAUACUGGGAAUUUAACUGGUGUGAGCCCUCCAGACUGCUGUGCUUCUGCUGUCAUAUUCAUUCAUUUCAUGUUUGUUUCUUGAAUUUUUGAUGAAAAUGCUAAAAUGUAAAAUCUUGAAAUGUUGUUCACUUUUUUUGUAUAGCACUUUUCUUACAUACAGUGCAGCCCAGAGCUCUUUACAUCAAGUUGUAUAUACUUUAAUCACCAAGGUUUGUUUUAGGAACACCUGUGCACCUGCUUAUACAAGCAGUUAUCCAAUCAGCCAAUCAUGCAGCAGGAGUUUAAAGAAUAAAAUUCUGCAGUUACAGGUCAGGAGCUUUUGUUAAUGUUCACAUGAAACAUCAGCAGUGAAGGAUAUCUGUAAUCCACAGUGCCUGGAUACUUCAACAGGAAGUUAGUGAGUCAAAAAAAAAAAAAGCCCCAAAUGAUAAAAAGUUGUAACAAUGGUCACAAAAGCUGAGAUUAAAAAUCAAAAA